UUUCCGAUGUUUUCCAUGAUUUUUGCUCUGGACCACGUCCUUAGCAUGUAGAUUGCAUUCCCGUUGCGCUUGAGAACAUUUUUAGCAUGAAUUCUCCUGUUUAGUUAAAACACCUUGUUCUGCCAAACCCCGCGUCCAGACUAUCUCUCAGGGCGUAUUCACUAGCGUCGAUCGCAUUUCCUGUUUUUGUAUUUCAAACUGAAUGGCUGCUUGGAAUUUAAUUCGUUAAUUCGUCCAGCGCAGUAACCUACGACCGGUAGUGCGAUUGAAAAUGUCUAAAUUACUUUCUCUCCAUCGUCCAACGGAGAUUUCGAAAUUGGCCUCGCUAGUACCCGAACAUGGUGAGGCAUAUCCUUCCGGCGCGAACGUUCCCCCGCAAUGGCUAGAUUUGGAUCUUUCGCAGAAGCUUCCUGACCGGCGGAACCCUUCGGUGCCCGCGAAACAGCUGUCCCGCCGUUCGUUAGCGAAUCCGCUUUGGCAUCUGCCGCAUGGCCAUGGGUUCAACCUGACCGAUCCUCUGAUGCAGAUUACCAGGCGAACUUAUCACCCACUGCAUGAUGAGCAUUUGCAGCGAUUUUGGCGAGAUACGUUUAAACGGAAUCUUACGGAACGAGGCCUAAUCGACGACGAUGGGAAGGUCGUAUGUUCUCUUCAGGAGUUUAACCAGUGGCGGGCGUUUCUGUUUCAACAGUUCCAGAUGAGUCUAAAGAGAUGCCUGCAAGCAGAAGAAAGCCAGCGACAUCUCAAAAGCCAUAACGCAGACACGUUGGACCAUUUAGGCCGAUUUGGUGAUCACGAAGAGAAGUUGGCGGUUAUCUGCAAACGUGCUAAAUUACUUUUCCAGCGUAAAAUAAGCGAGUGGAAAAAAUCGAUCGAAGCCUAUCGAUACAGGACGGACACGUUUGCAAACCAGCAGAACCUCAGAAGACGACAGUACAGGAAGGAAGCAAGUCGGAGGGAUUUUGUGCAGCGUUUUCGUAACGAAGAACUGUGCGCCCAGCGAAGAACGAACUCUUUACACAUGAAAUGCAAACUACGCGAGCGCGAUGCGUUGGUGCAGCAACGGCUGAGGAACAACCGGAUGAGAAACGUGAUGAUCAAAGCAACUCUAAACCAAGAAAAGUUUAACAUGCAUUGCUGCGCUUAUCUACGUGAAAAAGCCAAGAAUAACGAGCUGCUGAAGAAUCAUCUGGCCGAAAUGGAGCUGAGAGUACAGCGCAGGAAGGAACUGCUGAAUGAGCAGCACACGAAGCUGGACGAAGAGCUGAACCAUCGAAAAGCAGCAAAUGUAUGUAAAAGAUACGACCGUCGAAACCGUGACGCACUGGUAAAGACAAUUUUAAGCCAGUGCAGGAGCCACAUUCGCGCAAAAUAUCCCGAUUCCAGCCAGUUGGAACCCAAAACCGUUGCACAAGCGGUUAAUGCAGCCCUUACGAUCCACACGGUUAUAAGCCCGGCCGCGAGCAGCUCGUGUAUUAUCGAUACGGCCAACCAGUUCAUCUUGGAUCUUCAAACGAAACCUUCCGAUGCUCUUCCGUUGGACAGCUUAACCGUUGGCUACGUGAAAGAUCGGAUUAGCGAGAUGAUGCAAGACAUUCUUCAUCGUAGCAUCGCUCAAGCUUGCGAAGUGAUAUCCAAAGUGGCUCAACGGAAAUGCGAUCGACUCAAUGCAGGCGAAAACCAGCCGAGAUCCUCCGUUUGCAGUCGUCGGAGCGAGGCUGCAGCGUCUCGCAACAUGCCUGAUCGUAAACGACGGUCAAAGGUGUCGAUAGGACCAACAUCCAUCGUUGCGCAGUACGAGGCGUCGAAUAGUACACUCAAGAAGUGCAAAGAUAGACCACCGACUCCGAUAACAUCCGUCACGUCGCUGGUCACCUGCACGAUGCAAGAAACGGAAUUGGACCGACGGAUCACAAGCAUGUUGGAGAUUUCUUUCGAAGCGGCCUGUGAGCUGGAGCAACGCAUUCGGUCCGAUGAUUACCCCUUGAUCCAUGUCAUGUACAGUCAACGGAGGUACUUGGAGGGAAACUUGCUCAAGUAUCGCAUGAUCAUUCAACCGUACGUCGACCAGCGCGUCUUAGCAUCGAUCGAAGUGGACCAGCUCACGGUUGACGAGCGGAAAUGGUGCGGUGUAUCGAAGGACAGGCUACUCCAUCAAACAGCGAUCGGGUUAUUAAAGUUUCCCGACGGUAAUCAGCAGUACGCCAAGGCCAUGCUCGAUUGUAUCAACUAUUUAACGGUACAAGCGACCAACCAGGCUCAGCAGAUUCUUAAUGACCCGUGAAA